CUUAGUUUUCUCGUCUGUAUAUAAAAGAGUACUUGUCGAAAUUGUUUUGUCCAUUGGGUACCAUUGAUGGUCAAACCCCUGUUCCCAGGACAAAGGGACGCCCUAGGUUGAUCUCAUAUAUAGGAAGUCCUUAAGAACAAAACGAUCAAAUGGAAGAUCAACCAAAUCAGGCGGCGCCGCUGGUAUUCCACCCUCAAACGUCAAAAUUAGCGGCACUACAUGUACAUGUACAAAAACUCCACCACCAUCACCACCAACCUCAACAACUCCCCCCUCCAAAUAACUCUAAUAUAAAUUCCCACGUCAACAUUAUUAACAUACGACCUAGUCCUGAUCCCGACGCCGAUAAUCAUCAGGCAAACCCCUCUUCCUCUUCCCAUGAAAAUGCCGGGACAUCACGCUUUGAUCAUCAGGAAUAUCAUGACCACGAUCACGAUCAUCAUCAACAAGCCCGACCAUUACAUGUAGUACAGUUCCCACCCUCAAACCUCAAUAGUGCUAAUCUCAUCUUGCACCAGCAGAUUAACAAUUGGCCUCACCAUAAUUACAACGCGCACGUGCCUUCACGUUCAUAUUAUCCUCCUCCUCAUCACCACCGAGCUGCUUCGGCCGACGCAUUUCACCAUUAUCAUCAUCGUCACCAUCGAGAUGCUUCUGCUGAUGCAAUUUAUUAUAGUUCACACCAAGUGCUUUUCCCUCCUCCCGCUGCCUACCAAAUUGUUCCUCAUCAGCAGCUGCAGCUGCAGCUGCAGUAUUAUAAUCAUGCUUCUACCGCAAGAAAUCAACUCCUGCCGGCGUUGCAUUGUAACAGUCAUUUUGCUGAAACAGGAGUACCCAUCCAAAACAUUGAAUACGUACCAGUGCUGCUGCCUCUGCCAGGCAUCGAUGGAACUUGGAAAACAGGGCUCUUCGAGUGCAUGGAGGAUCCCCCAAAUGCUAUCAUGACGCUAUUGUGCCCAUGCUGGACGUUCGGUCAGAUUGCAGAGAUCGUCAAUAAUGGUCGAAGCUCUUGUGCAGCCAAUGCACUGAUUUACAUGUUGAUCAUGCUGUGCAUCUUUGUGCCAUGCUUGCUAUCGUGCACAUACCGGAAAAAGCUAAGGAACAAGUUCGACCUGCCCGAAAGCCCCGCUCCGGAUUGCAUCACUCACUUCUUAUGCGAGUGGUGUGCUCUCUGCCAAGAACAUAGGGAGCUCCAGCUCAGAGGCCUAGACCCUACUUUAGGAUGGGUAGGAAACUUGGAGCAAAUUCAGAGGAUGCAGAAAAAGCGGCAAGCUGCUAUGAGUCCGCCAACGACCCAAAGAAUGACGGGCUAUUGACCAAACCACGAAGUAUGGCCUCAUCGAUCGUGCCUCAUGCUCGUCGUGAUUUUUGAUCCACCGAUGAAGAAGAUGGUUCAGUUUCCUGUUUGACUUGCCUAUAGAGGGGGGCAAAGAGGGAUGGAUCAUCAAUGUAUAUACCGAUUCACACAACUGCUCCACCACAAUCCAAUCUCCGGCAAAAUCAACAGGACAUCAUAAUUAAAAAAAAAGUUGAGAUUCCACCACAAAACCAAUUGACAAAAUGGAGAGUAGUACAAUUAUUUAUAAGCACAUGCAAGAUCUCUUAUUUCCCGGAUGUGGAACCAUACUUUCAACAUACCCUCACAUGUGGCGAAUUUUCAAGCCUAAUACUUGGACAACACAAAUCAAUUGACGUGCUGCAGGUGUGGCCGUUUGGCAUUGCAUAUGAGACAACCUGCUCUGUCCAUGAAAAAAGUGGGAGUUCCACCAUAGAACUGAUUGGCUAUAUGAGGAUUAGAUCAAUUCCUUAGAAGUGCAUGCAACGCCGCUUGCGAAAGUAAUACUCAACAGUAAUUUGGUGCUGGAAAUGCGACUUAAAAGUACCAAACCAAGCAAACUUGCAAGCGCACAGCAUCGAGCAAGAAAUACUAUUUUGUAUAAUGAUGAAGAAAUGGGGCAACAACAAAACACCCCCAACUUCUCUUCGUUUUUGUAUUUAGCUUGAACGAGUAAAUUUUACAGCUCAGAAUAUACGUAGGUAGGUACAACGUAUAGCAA